GUAAGCGCCCAUUUCUAAAAUCGUUGCUCAAAACAAGCAACGAGCAUAACCGUUGUUUCUACAACGCUUAUCUAAUUCUUUAGUUAAUCAUUCUUCUCUCUAUUAGCAGCCAUGGGUAAAAACAAUUCAAAGACUGACAAGCAGAGAAUCAACAAACACACCAUUUUCAAGUCAAAGGGCGGAGAAGUGUUCAGGAUUCCUGCCAUUUACUACGACGAAAAUGCCAAAACGUUAUUUGCCUUUGCAGAGAAGCGGACAUCCACAACCGAUUCUGACGCGGUGGCGCUGGUCCUGAGUACAGGAAAACUGAACAUUAAGAAGGAAGUGACGUGGUCAAAGCCUAAAGAACUAAUGAGGAAGUGCACCUGUGGAUAUCGUCCAAUGAACCCCUGUGUUGUGUAUGAAAAACACACAGAGACACUGUUCCUUUUCUUCAUCUAUGUCAAUGAGACAGAGUCAUGGCAGCUACAGCAUCACCAGAACAAGGCCCGUCUGUGCUACAUGACAAAGAAGAAGAAUGAGGAGAAGUGGAGUGAAUUCACUGAGGUGACCAACUUGGUGCCUGUGUUUAAAAACUGGUCUACGUUUGCUAUUGGACCGGGCCACGGCAUUCAAACUAAGGCCGGUAGAAUGAUUGUUCCAGCUUAUGCUUACACAGGUCCAGAAAAUGAAAGACCGAUUCCACAUGCUUUCUGCUUUUAUAGUGAUGAUUAUGGUCGAACAUGGAAAUGUGAGGAAAUGCUGUCUGAAACAUCAACGGAAUGUCAGAUGACUGAGAUUGUGGAUAGCAGCAGAAGAGACAGCUUGAUCUACUGCAAUGCUCGCACUUAUGGAGGCCAUCGAGUCCAAGCUAAGAUAGAUAAGAGUGGUUUCCGUACACUCACAACUGUUACACCCCUUACGGAACUAAAUAAAGGUUGCCAUGGGAGUGUGAUUUCCUUCCCAGCUCAGUCUGGAGAUGCAAACACCAGUCAGGAAAUGUGGCUGCUUUUUUCGCACCCAACAUCGCAGAAGUCAGAUUGGGAAAGACUUGAUUUGGGAGUGUAUAUGAGCACUUCCCCAGUGAGAUCAAUUGAAAAUUUUAAUCUGGUAUGGAGCCAACCCUGGAUCAUUAACAAGGGACCCAGUGGUUACUCUGACCUGACCUACAUUGAAGAUGGCUGGUUUGCAUGUCUGAUGGAGCGUGGAGAGAACACAUAUACUGAAGAGAUAGUAUGUCAGGUGUUCAGCUAUAAUGAGAUCCUGAAGAGCCUUCCAGAGUUCCGAGCUUGAAAAAAUUGUAUCAUCAAUAAAUGUGUAUGUUGUGUGGCGUAUUAAGUGAUGUUCGCUUACUGUGCAAUGUAGACCUUAUGUUGAAUCUUUGAGCAGCUAUUAAACAAUCUUUUGACAAAUUGCAUAUUUCUGUAUUAAAAUUGCUUAUUGUAUUGUUCUGACGUAAUAUUCUAAUUUUAAUUGUUUUGUUCUCAUUAGCUAUAAGCAGAAAGCAGAAGGUAAACCAUUUGUAUCCUCUGCAACAACUGUUCUAAGUUAGCAGGGCUUCAUAGCCACAUUGCCUUUCUUUGAUUCUCUUCAGUUUGGUUUCCUUUAAUAAAUGUAAAGUAUUUUUAACUGAAUCUGUGGAAUUAAAAAAUGAUUUUAGUUCAAUGUAAUCUGAAAGUGUUUUCAUCAUUCUCGGUCAGAAUAUUGUGAAUGACUGUGUUCAAGGUCAGUUUUCAUUUCUUUAUGCUCAAACUUCAUGAUGUAAGCAUUGGUUUUGAGUCAGCUUGAUAGACCCUGUAGUUCACUGUACUGUAAUCUUAUGUGUUGUUGUAUUUGUACAUGUCUGCUGACUGUGCAUUUAUCAGUUAUUUCUAAACAUUCCUCAUUUUUGAUGUUGAAAAAUAUAGAUAUCUACAACCACA